GGGGGGUUCAACGAAAACGCUACAGAUAUUGCGGCCUUCAGGCUCUGAUCGACCUUCCUGUGCGCCCGAAUAAGAAUGGCUUCAAUGGCAUGCCAUCAUGCCCUCAGUUCCAUCCAAACUCAGGGAUUGCAAAAUAAAGUUGGAAGCUUUUCAGGGAAAAUAGUUUCCAAGGGCUCUAUGAUAGACAUGGGACUUCUUUCAAGAGCAAUCUGCUACUCUGUGAGAAGGAAUUUGUUUACGGUUCAUGCAUCAAGCUCUUCUCCAGUUGCCAAUCCAAUUCAAAUACCAUCAAAUGGCGAAUCUAAAGAUUUUAGGAAAAAAUCAGAUGAAACUGCACUUAUACUGAUAAGACAUGGUGAGUCUUUAUGGAAUGAGAAAAAUCUCUUCACAGGAUGUGUUGAUGUACCUUUGACUCAAAAGGGUGUGGAGGAAGCAAUUGAAGCCGGCAAAAGAAUAAGCAAUAUACCUAUUGACAUGAUCUAUACAUCUUCACUGAUUCGUGCUCAGAUGACUGCUAUGCUUGCAAUGACCCAACAUCGCCGCAAGAAGGUUCCAAUCAUCAAGCACAAUGAGAGUGAACAGGCCUGGAAAUGGAGUCAGAUACACAGUGAAGAAACAAAGAAACAGUCCAUUCCUGUGAUAACAUCUUGGCAACUGAAUGAAAGAAUGUAUGGUGAACUACAAGGCCUCAAUAAGCAAGAAACAGCUGACCGUUUUGGAAAAGAAAAAGUUCAAGAAUGGCGUCGUAGUUAUGAUAUUCCUCCCCCAGAUGGUGAGAGUUUGGAGAUGUGUGCUGAUAGAGCUGUGGCUUAUUUCAAAGAGCAAAUUGUACCUCAACUCUUGACUGGCAAAAAUGUGAUGAUUGCUGCCCAUGGAAACUCGCUUAGGUCCAUUAUUAUGUACCUGGACAAGUUGACUUCUCAGGAGGUCAUCAGCCUUGAACUGUCAACUGGCAUUCCUAUGCUUUAUAUAUUCAAGGAUGGAAAGUUUUUUAGGAGAGGAAGCCCAACCGGUCCUUCUGAGGCUGGUGUUUAUGCUUAUACCAGAAGUUUGGCUCUUUACAGACAGAAGCUGGAUGAAAUGUUCCAUUAACUACCCGCUUCAACUAGGCCAUACCAGAGUUCUCUCAUCAACAAAAAGCUGACCCAUUUGUGAUGUCUUAAUUCCUACAAGCAUCUAUUGAUGAGAUCUUUUUCCCCUUGUUCUAGAGAUGGAUUCGUGCAAUGCUGAAGAUUAUGCAGAUUACUUUUUCCCCUUUUCAUUUUUGAUCUUCAUAUUAUCAUAGACUGGGGGUGGUGUUUUGCUACAACUGCCCUAUACAAAUUCAGAACUGGUGAGAUGAUAAAUCCAGAAGCACAAGGACUUGGAAAUCAAUGGUUUAAAUCUCAUUUAUCUUCAUAAUGCUUAAAUGUGGGUUCUCUCUUUAUCAUCAUGAAGUACUAGGUUGGCUGGUGCUAUCUACCUAUCUUCAUGUACAUGAGAUUGUGGUCAAAAUUGACCAAAGGUCCUGUCAUAAUCUUACAACAAUUAGUAAGUAAAUGAUUGGUGUUCUCA